GGUAAUUUAUGAAUAUAAAGGAAUUAGGCAAUAUUUUGAACCUCGCUAUAAGCUUAUUGGGAUUCUUGUAUUUUGCUAUAUAAACAGAAAAAAAAGUUGGCUCUGUCCAAUUUUUUUUAGAUUUAUUUAUCAAAAAUCUAAUCAUCCAAGUAAGUUAGAAAGUUGAUUUAUAUUUAGAUCAUUUUUGUAACUUUUUGCUUUGGGUUUUCUUAUUUGGAUGACGAGAUGCUUAUUGCAAAUUCAUUUGGCUUUUGGAAUUUGUCAUUUAUUUAUUAGAUGAGAAGGUAAUAUAGUGUAAAAUUAAAUUAGAGCAUUAAAUGAUGAUGAGGAAACAUAAAAAUUCUUAUGUUUUUCUUUGAACUUCCAACAGAAGUAUCUACCUGCUCUUUUCUUUUUGAUUAUGAAUCUUAUAGUAUUUCCAAGAUUAGAUUUAGUAGGAGCUACAAUCUUUUCAUUUAUAGAAAAUCAAUUCUUCGAUGGAUUCUCCUUUAGAUUAUCAAGUGUAAUUAGAUGGAUUAUUUAAGGCAUUCUAAAAAAAGUGUGAAAACUCUUUUCCAUUUAAAUUGGUUUCAAACAGACUUGAUUUUUUUAAUAUUGAACAAGUUGAUGAGUCGUUCGAAUCCAAAAAAGGCGCUUCUUCAGUAGAAUUUGGAAUAAUAUCAACAGUAGAAACAAAACCCAAAUAAGAAAAAUCAAAUUGA